AUGGCCUCAAAAAAAGAAGAGGAGCCUGUUUUUGGUGCUUAUUUCAGCGCGGAAGCGCUCGCCGCACAUGUUAGACACGAGGACGACGAUGAACAAAGCAGCGAAGAACGCAGCAGCCAUGAGAGUGACAGUGACGAAGAACUCGUUAGGAAGAUAAAGAAGAAGCACGUCGUCAGAAAUGUGGAGCCGGUCUCAGUCGUCAAACCUGAGGUGGAGUACCAGACCAAGGUCCCAUCUAGGUCGACAAUCAUAGCGAAUAUCAGCCAGAGAAGGAUGGAUCGUGUACCAGUGAACGAGGCGGAGCGCACAGACAUAUGUCUGCCCUGCGGGCUGGAUACCAUCUCAUAUCCGGACUUGUCCCUCCAAGAGCUCCCAUGCGGGCAUCGGUGGUGUAAGAGGUGCCUGGCAAGAACCUUCAAGUUCGCCACCGCCAAUAACACGUUCCACAGGUUUCAAUGUUGCACUGAGGAACAGAUCCCGCUGAAAUAUUUCAAGGCAAUCCUUGAGAAGAAACCUCAUCCGAAGCCAGAAUUUGAGCCGGGCUACGAGCCGGGUUCACGCAUGGUGAUCGUCCUGCCUGAGGAGCAAGAAGCCCCCGCAUUUGCUGAAAGUCGAGACUUCAACCCACUUCGAGUUUCCGAGUCCGUACGGAAGGAGGCAGAAGUGUUUAUCAACAAGAGCGACUGGAACACGUACUUGGAAAAGCUGGAAGAGUUCGAGACACGGCCCAGAGACAAGCUGUACUGUUACCGAAAGCUAUGUGGCAGCUUCAUCCCGAUGGGAGACCGGACCAAGACCAAAGGCACUUGCCCGCAAUGCCAGCGGGAGGAAAGGUUGGAAGCGCUGUCCUCGCUGCAGGAUGUUCGUGGAGAAGGCCAGGGGAGGGUGCUCCAGUGUUUAUUGUCGCUGUGGCAGACACUUUUUCUAUGGCUAGAUGAAUAG